GCUACCUUGCCUGUCAUUGCAACUGUAACACACAUUGCAAGUGCCAACGUGAGGAGUCAUGGCUGACCAACUCUUGCGUAAAAAGAGAAGAAUUUUUAUCCAUUCACUGGGUGCAGGCACAAUAAAUGCCUUGCUGGAUUGCCUAUUAGAGGAUGAAAUUAUUAGCCAGGAAAACAUGAACAAAGUGAGAGAUGAAAAUGACACUGUCAUGGAUAAGGCUCGAGUCUUGAUUGACCUUGUUAUUGGAAAAGGAUCCAAGUCUUGCCUCAAAUUUAUCAAGCAUCUCUGUGAAGAAGACUCUCAACUUGCCGCAAAGAUGGGUUUACACAAAGAGUGAAGAUGGAACUCUGGAGCACUUCAGAGACUUCCCAGAGCUUCUUCCAAGGGAGAAGACAUUCUUGUAAAAAAACUGAUUGUUUGAAAGCUGAUUAAUCUGAUUGAUUUACAAUAAAUCUUGCAUUCUCUCA